AUGCCUGUCCAGCAGCAUGUGCUGAACUGGCUCUACAGCGUCCUCACCAGUGAAUAUCACGACGUGAAUCGCGCCUACAACGAUGUAGCACAAGCCCUCACCCGAUAUCCCACGCUGUCGCCUCGGACCGAUGUGCACACUUUCUCGCACGGCGCCAAUGCCCUGCUCCUCCAUCUCUCGGGGACCCUACCCGUCAACUUCCGCGGAACCACCUACCGUUUCCCGGUCUCGAUAUGGGUCCCCCAUGCAUAUCCGCGCGAGCCACCCAUGAUCUACGUUGUGCCGACCGAGACUAUGAUGAUCCGCCCAGGCCAGCAUGUUGACCCCCAGGGUCUUGUAUAUCACCCGUACCUCGUGGGAUGGGCUGAGUUUUGGGAUAAGUCCAACCUUCAAGACUUUCUUGCCAUCUUGACCGAUAUCUUUGCAAAAGAGCCUCCUGUCAUAUCAAGACAACAAGCACACCCACCACCUCCUCAGGCUGGCCUAACACCCCCCCCUGUCCCACCUCUGCCUCCAGGCAUGAGCUCAACAUCUCGACCAUCAACCCAAGAUCCGCACACGCCAGAGCAGCCGCGCCCUCCUCCUCCACCCCCCAAGGGCCCUCAGAAUGCAUCUCCUACCCCAGCUAGUCCUCACCAAACUGGCCCGCCGCUGCCUCCCAUCCCGGGCAAAUCUCCUGCACAGUCUAAUCGGAUGUCGCGGUACGAUUCUGCCCCUCCUCUACCACCUCAGGUUGCGGGCGCGAAUGGACAAGAUCCAAGGCUUGCGCGGCCUCCAGAACAAUACCAACCUCAUCAUAUGCCGCCUCCUGGGCCGACAAGGGUUGCCCAGCCGCCAUACAUGAACGAAGCCCAAUCAUACACCCCUCCACAGCAACAAUGGCAGAUGCCUCCUCAACAGCAGCAAUACCAGCAACCUCCACAACCCCCAGCAUGGAACCAGGCACCUCCUCAACCGCCUGCCCCUGCCAACCCCCCUCCUCCCCCUGAUUUGCUCGAUGAGCCUCUGGAACUGGCAUUGCCAAGUACGACAGUCGCUGCCCCUCCCAUACCCCCCAAUCCCGAGAAGGAUGCCCUCCUCCGGCAGUUAGCUCAAACCCUACAUGCAAUCAGGAUGCGCAGCCGGCAGCAAAAUGAGUCCAGCAUGGCUGGCUUACAAGCACAACGUACGGCGAUGCUGACGACUAUACCUAACUUCCAGGCUGAGGCAGGGCAAUUGACGCAGCUGGCGAAUGUACUGACAUCAAAUUCCAAUAUUCUACGCGAGGCACUCCACAAGGCCGACGGAGUUAUCGAAGGUUCACAGAGCCACCCAGUGCCAGACGUGGAUGAGCUGCUUGUAGCGCCGACGGUGGUGGCCAACCAGCUCUACACGCUAGUAGCUGAAGAGAGAGCUCUUGGUGACGCCAUCUUCAUGCUUGGGCGGGCAGUCGAGCGCGGGCGCAUCACUCCGGCUGUCUUUGCCAAGAUGACGAGAUCACUUGCACGCGAGUGGUAUCUGAAAAAGGCCUUGGUACGAAAGAUUGGACAGGGGAUGGGCCUAGCCCCGUGA